GAAAAUUAAAAAGUUGUACUUAAGAUUAAUAAAUUUGAUAAAAUAAUUAAAAACUAAGCGGAAAAGAGAAACUUUGGACACUUUGAACAUGUUUCAAAGGGUUAAAGCGGCAGUAAUUGGAACAGUUAGUACCUAAUUGAAACGAAGACUGCAUUUAAGGCGCGAUGACGUAUAUGUGGACAAUUUUUCUCUCGUACAACGGCGCUCCUCGCGGUAUAAUAUCGCGUACGGAGAAUGUAUUUCAGCAUCGUUUGAAUGAAAAAUUCACGGCAAAACGUGGAGGGAACAGUAACGAAGGGAUAUAGCGCGGAACUGUCAACGCCGAUAAAUAUCCCGCGACGAAAUUGCGCUCGUUUGACGCUUUCAUGGGGGGGGGGGGGGUGCGAGAAGGGGGAAAAAAAGAUAGAACGGAGAAAAGGCAGCGUGCACAGAGCCACCGGCAGCGGGUGUUUACGCGAGAACAUCACGAGGAAGAAAUAUCGCCCGGUCGCGCCCGCGAAAACGAACCCCAUCGACGGCGCGGUCGGCCGCGCGAAACUUUUUCAUUGCCGCGGCCGCGCGAUUUACAAUUUUCAUUUCAUACCGCAUUAACCUCCAAGUGAGUUUAAUUUGAAUCCAGCUCCUGGAAGAGGAGAGCUUUAUUUCUCCUUUUCGCCGGCGGCUGCACAAUGCAUAAACGAGCGUUCCGAUCCACGGCGCGCCGCUCCGCGUCGGCCGGUCGGAAUUUUUUUCAAUUAAUGGCCCGUGUUGUUCCGAGAUAUAACCGUUCGACGUGGGAGUGACGAGCGGGCGCGCGCCCGCGUGGACGUGGCCAUAAAAAUAUUGCGAAAUGUCGGGGCUUGACGAUUGAAACGAACCGUUUGUCCGCCGCUGAUGGAGGAAAUUUACGUCGACGCGGUUUCGACGCGUGCGUUACUCCCGCCCUCCCCCCCUGGUUCUUUCACUACGCGCUAUCUUAUUUUGCUACGACGCUCCAUUAAGCUUGAUGAAUAUUCAUGAUACGUCUUUUGUUAUCGUAUUUGAAUAGAUUAAAAUUUCACCCUUUUAAGGUCUUAAGUAAGUUACCAAGGUGCUAGCACAUAAGGAAUUUAAUAUCCGUGUUUACGAAGUUGAAAUAAUAGCGAUAGCUAAUCAACUGAUCGUAAUGUUAUCUUAUAGGAAACCUCAAGUAUGUGUUUCGUUGAUUUUAAUAAUUUCGAUUAAGUAUAAAAUCCGACUAUGUUAUAAAAGUAACAUUCGAGUGUAAAUGGAGUUGAAAUUACAAAAUUUUAAAGUUUGGAUUGACUGCACGCACAUAAAGAUAUCACUGCGAAUAGCCGAAGCUUUACAAAAUCGGUCUAGUAAUGCCUAACUGCCUAACUCCCUUGAACUCGCAGUUUUUUUUUAUAAAACAGUAUAUAUUUGAGAAAUAAUUUAAUAUCUGUGUUUCGAUCUUUUAAAAAAAUUUUUAUUACUUUAUUGUUAUUUCUUAAAUAUAUAAAUAAAUUUGUAAAAAUAUAUAUGUUUGUUUUUCUAUGGAAUCACGAAACAGAAGCACGAGAGAGAGCUCGAGGAAAACUAAAUAUUGAAACAAAAGAGACAUUUUCAGUUAGUUGUGAACAAGUAAAGAAGAAAAAAAAUUGAUCUAGAAUUACAUACUAUUUUUACGACAUUCUAUACCUUAAUAUCGAACUUUGCAAAAUAUGCGAGAUGCAUAUCCGAUUCUUCCCUUGUUAGCAUCCAGUAGUCGAAGAAGGUGAAGUAUCUUUCUUCAGCGUGUGAAAAUUUCGAGCAAAUAAAACGUAAACGAAGUUCACCUCGCGAUACCGGUAUACACUCUCGAUAAGGCACCGAUAAGUGAGUGCGAGCAGCUUCAAGAUAAGCUGUACAUUAUGCACGAAGUCUGUGGCACAGUAUGAUAGGAGCGAGCUCUACAUUUCGCCAUCAGCAUUCAUAUAUUCGGCCCCGAAUCCACACCCUUCGGAAAAUCAAUACCUAAUGAAAUCAAUGUCGAGACACAUCGCUCUAUCCGGAUUUGCCUCCUGGCCUGCGAGAUGCGCUGAUGGAUUUAUCACGGAUAACAACCGUACGAGUCGCGGGCUAUUUUUGACGGUCCCUAUAAUUGCCUCUAGUCAAUUUGUCAAUUUACUUCCAGCAACGUAAUUGUCUCCCAUUACACGAGCUCUGAUUUUUCGAAUAGCCAGAUAUCGUCAAAAUUACUCACGACGCUAUGCCUUUUUCAGACUUUCGAGAAACGAUUGCGAAACAGGGAAUCGCAAAUGCUUGAAAAAACAUGGACGGAGCUGUCGCAGAACCUGCAGCAGCUGUCGGAGAGGGCCCGCUCGACGACGGAGUUCAUUCAAAGGCUCAAAGGAAUGACGGAUAAAGUACAUGAGGAAUGCGUGGCGCUCGAGGAAGAGGUCGAGGAUCGGGUGUCGAACCUGGUGAGUCUUCUGCAGGCGAGGAAGUCACGGCUGAUCGAAGCCGCUCGACAGACCAGGGAGGCCAGAGUGCGCUCGUUACGAGACCAAGUCGCGAGAUGCGCCACGCAUCUGCAGACGACCACGGCGUUGCUCACGUUCUGCAUCGAGGCGCUGAAGGAGACCGACAGCGCAGCCUUCCUGCAAAUCGGUGGGAUGCUAUCGGUCCGCGCGGCGACGGCCGCCGGCUCCUGGGGCGGCGCCGAGGGGGUGCAGGAGAUCGCUCGUUUGCCGUUGCUCGAUCUCACCCUAGACGACAAGCCGCUGCGCCGUGCCAUCGAUCAGCUCACCUUCGUCCAACUCAAACCAUCGGAGGGAGAGGAACGAUAUCCCACAGCAGCACCCGGAGCGCCUUUACUGAUCCCUGAGGAGUGUAGCGCCGAGAACAACAGUGUCACCGUUGCCUGGCAGCCGCCACCUGGACACGGAAUUAUGGGAUGCGCCGGACAGAGGGGCCCCGCCAUCGAGGGAUACCUCUUGGAGCUGGACGACGGCUGCGGCGGGGAGUUCAGGGAGGUGUACUGUGGCCGCGAGACCAUUUGCACGGUAGACGGGCUACACUUCAACUCACUCUACAACGCCAGGGUGCGGGCCUUUAAUAGCGCCGGUGAGGGCGAAUACUCGGAGCUGAUCGGCCUUCAGACCGCCGAGGUGGCGUGGUUUUCGUGGGCCACCGGCGCGGCCGGCAUACCGCAGGAGGUGUCCGUAUCCGAGGACGCGAUGAGCGCGUCCUGCGAGGGCUACGAGCACCGCGUCGUCCUCUCGAGCGUCGGCUUUUCGCGGGGCGUGCACUACUGGGAGCUGACCAUAGAUCGAUACCACAGUGACACCGAUCCGGCCUUCGGUAUCGCUCGGGCCGACGUAUCGCGCGAUCAAAUGCUGGGUAAAGACGACAAAGGCUGGAGCAUGUACAUAGACCGACAGCGGUCGUGGUUCAUGCACGGGGGUGGUCACGCACAGCGUACAGAAGGUGGGGUACAGCAGGGCUCGACCGUCGGGGUCCUCCUCGACCUGGACACCACGCACACGCUACGCUUCUUCGUCAACGAUCAGCCACAGGGCGGCAUCGCCUUCCGCGAUCUCUACGGCGUCUUUUAUCCGGCGAUCAGUCUGAACCGCGGCGUAACCGUCACCCUUCACACCGCUCUCGAUGUGCCGCGUCAUCUUCUCGCACUUCACGAGGAGUAUGUCAGCGAUAUGGUUCAGAGCUAGGGGUACCUUAACGUCCUCAAGAAAGGUCUGCCGCAGGAGAUCGGCUCGCCUUUAGGCCCGACAAUGUGCGCCACGGACAGGUGUAGGGACUUUGAGUCGAGCCAGCUGCUGGAAAAAAUUGUCGAGGAGAGCCCGGUCGACGUUAACUGAUGGGUAGAUCUUUCGAAUACGUUUAGAUCAACCGAUCGUAGUCCGUUUUCUAUGAUUCCGCUUUAUACAAAGCGUUAUGAAAUAAUAUGUAAAAGCGCUCUGCCUGAAAUCGCUCCGAGGUAUCAUAAUGUUAAGGGCACUCCCGCGCAAAAUUGUGCGGCGAAACGAAAACGGUUCGAUCUCUCCAGGGACACAAUAUUUUCUUUCAAAAUAUUUUGUUUUAUUUAUUUAGAGGUACAUAUUUUUAUGAAGUAUUUUUCACGUAACUGUGGCACAUAUUUUGUGCCCUAACUUUGAUAUAAAUAAUAAUAAUAAUAAUAAUAAUAAUAUUAUAAAUAAGUGUGAUUUUCUAUUUAUUACUGAGAAACCCGAUGGUCCCUGGAGAGGCUAAUUCAGCCUCGCGUUGUUUGUCUGAAUACAAGCGGGCUUUACGAGGAAUAACGAUUCAACAGGUUCAGAAACUUUGGCAAGAAGGUUUCCGAGGGUGGCGCUAACCGUGAACCCUUUUGGAUCCGCCUUGUUUGAGAAACUGAACUUAGAAUCCAAACUCUAGUUAGGAAAUCGAGAUUUGUACUUUCCUAUUGCGUCCGCACGAGCAAUUAUCGUGUUAAACGAAAUCACCAAUAAUGUCAAUCGAAGCGCAUACGUUUCGAAAUCACUCGUAGAGUGAAAAAGCUGCUUUAUCCAGGAAUUAAUGAGACUGACAUAACACUCACGCCAACGUCACGCAAUCCAUGAAUAAUAUUUCCCGUUAGGAGGGUCACGAAAGCCAAGCUAAAACUCCCUCCGUCGGAAAUCAGUCCAUUUUCUAUUAAUACCGCACUCUAUAUUAAAAGCGGAGAAAAAGAGAAUAUUUUUUCCUACACGUUUCCUAAAUUCGCUUUUCGAAGAAGUAUCUCGACGAAGACUUAACGCACUUCCGAGGAUCGGUUACUUCCAGACCUUCGGUCAAUUAACUCGAGUUCCACGCCGAUGCUGCUGUGAUCCACAGAAGAAGACGUGGGAGAAAUUACCGAACACUUAACCGAAGGUGGAAAUGACCGGUCCUCGGAAGCAAGGAGACGUCCAUUAGCAAAUAGCCAAGUAUCGUCGGCGAACAAACUUUGUUGAAGACCGUGUCGGAGUAGAAACGAUCAAUCGCUUCGUUCGAAAGAUCGUAUCGAGGGAGCCGAGGAAUAAGAGAGAGGACACUCCUACAUCUUAGGAAUACAUCACUCGAUAGAAAGAGAGAGAGAGAGAGAGAUGCACGAGCGAGAAAUAGCAUCUCGUCUGACGGCAACCUUUCUCAAUAUCCUCGACGGGGCAGUGGUUCUUGGUAACUUCUUACUCCGGGGAGAGUAGAGGUUGAGUCGGGGUGCGCGUGAAGAAGGACAUACGGUAUCGCGGAGAGGACCUCGAGUAGCCUUUCCCGCAGCGUGUCCCGGGUAGCCAGUUAAGAAAGUCGAUGAUCAGUCCCACCGGGCGGCAUCUACCGCAGUUUUUGCCGAUCGUGUAAUUAACUCUUUCAGCACCAGCUACAUAGCGUGAGUUUGCUUUUAUUCACCUUGAAGGUAAGAUAUAGGACAAUUUCUGAGAAUUUUUUUUACAUUUUCCAUAAUGACAAUGUUUUUUUUAUAUUGCAAAAAUAAAACUUUUGUAAGUAAAAAAAUACUGUAUUGUUUCGAGAAACGUUUUUUUCUCGGAAAAUGCAUUAAAAAAAUUUGUAACAUUUGACAAGUUACCUCAGAAAUUAUAUUUGUUUAUCUUUUUUUAAAAUUUAUUUGCCUAGACUCUACACUACUUUUUAUUUAUUUCUAUUGCCUAGCAAUUGAGUGAGCCUUCUUGUUGAAAUCAUUGUUUAGCAGUUCAAUUCGAUUUGGUGCUGAGACGGUUAAUGACCGUGCGAAAUCGCGAGCGUCGAGCUUCCGUCAGCAUCGAAUGCUGAUGAGGCGCGAUCGACGAUGAGAAAGGAGACGAAGGAUCGAAACCACGGUAAGGCCGAUAAUUAUCCUAUAGGACGGAGAACCGAAACCACGCUGACCGGACGGAUUCUUCGUCCUGCUCGCGCGAUCGACAGAUCGCUCGAUCGUCCACCCAUUAUCCAUAUCGACACACGUAUAAGUGUAAUCGCGUUGUAGGCGUUAAGCUCCAUUAAAGCGUAUAGAUAGGUAAGGCGUAUAAAACAAUGCUGCCGCGGCUUUAGUGUACAAUAAUGAGUAUACGUUUUUCUAGUCUUCAAUAGAGACCCAAUCGACCACAUCUCUCCAUUGCUCCAAUCUUCACUCCGCCGUUUCUUCCCUUCCCUCUUCGCGUCCGCUGAUCCAAUCCCUCUGAUUCUUUUUUUACGACUUUAUAUCUUGACAGUCAGGAGUCACAGGACACACUCGGUCUCCUUGUGCUCGCCGUUAUAUUUCGAUGUAACGAUAGCCCGGGAGCAUUAUUCUGCGCCGGGCGUCGUUCCUGCGAGCGCGCGCCUUUCGGUGCCAUGUACAUAAGUGUAUAUAUACAUAUAUACUAUAUCGAUUAUAUAUCGACUGUACCGCCGAUGAAUUUGCCGAUUGUACCAUUUACGACUGUAUCGGAUCAAUAAAACGCAACGAAAACGCC